AUGGAGGUCGAGAUCAAGCUCCGGCUCCCGGACGCGGCCGCGCACGGGCGCCUCUCCGCCUUCCUCGCGCCGCGCCUGCUCCGCACCGACGCCCAGCGCAACGUCUUCUUCGACGCCCCCGCGCGGCCCCUCGCCGCCGCCACCGCGGCCCUCCGCGUCCGCCUCUACGGCCCCGACGACCGCGCCCCGUCCCGCGCCGUGCUCGCGCUCAAGCGCCGCGCGCGCAUCGACGCCGGCGUCAGCCGCGUCGAGGAGGUCGAGGAGCCCCUCGACCCGGCCCUCGCCCUCGCCUGCCUCGACGACCCCGCCCGCCUCGGCGCCGUCGACUCCCCCAUCGUCCGGCUCGUCUCCGACGAGUACGGCGUCGGCGGGGACAGAGCGCCGUUCGUCUGCCUCGGCGGGUUCCGGAACACCCGCGGCGUGUACGAGCUCGGGGAGGGCGAGGGGCAGGGGCUCGUGCUGGAGCUCGACGAGACGCACUUUGAUUUCGGCACCAACUACGAGCUCGAGUGCGAGACCGCGGAGCCCGACCAGGCCAAGGAGGUCCUCGAGCGGCUGCUCACGGUCGCUGGGGUGCCGUAUGAGUACUCCCGGAGCAAUAAGUUCGCGUGCUUCAUGGCCGGGAAGCUGCUUCCAUGACUAGAAACCAAGACUUUGAAAAUGACAGUGCGGCGGAGCAAGGUUGCCGGUGGAGAUGGCCACUGAGGUGUUCCAUCGACGACUCAUGAUAAAUUCUUGAGCAACUUGUUGCCUCGUGGUUUGAUGGUCCGGCUAGCUUCUGCUGUUCUGUUCUGCGCUGUUGGUUGUUAAUCUUCAGAAUUGUUCUUGUUCCCUGGGUGUGGGAGGAUGUCUCUGCUGUGAUGCGUUGGUCCUUUUUAUGGUGCUGAGUUGAUAGCUCUUCAUAGUUUGAUAUCCUUCCAGUGUUCGUUAGCCUCUGUGCUUCCGCAAAAAACCUGGUGUACAAAUUUGCUGGGUCGUGAACUGGUUGGGUUGCAUUUGUGUUAUCAAUUUCAGCAAAUGAAAUUAGGAGCAAGGCUCUGUUUC